AGAGAGCAGAGCCCGGGGAUGCGCACAAUGUGAGUCUCCGCUCAGAGGCACCGCUGUCCUCUCUGCUUCUUGGCAACAUCUUGUGGAGUGUAAUACGAGGAGGUCGGGAAGCAUCCCGGUGCAGCCUCAGCCGGCAAAAAAAACUCACUGAUUGUGGAAUUUAACCGAGGCAGAGGCUGCUGUUUAGUCCCAUCUUUAAGGACCGAGAGAGAGACGCACUUAUAGACGGAGCAGAAUUAAGUGCAGAGCGCUGCUGGAGCAGAGCAGAGAGCAACCCUCUUCUUUGGCUUGUGAGAGGACAAGAGUUGCUGUGAGAGAUGUUAUCCGCUCACUACAGCCGCAAACAACACAUCUAACGGACACUGGAAUUACAAUCAAAGCAGUUUAAUGAAGAGGAAAAAAAUUGCGUCCUAGAAGAAAUUAAAAUUCUUGUAUUCAAGGGAGAGCAUUCCAUUCACAAGCAAUUGGAUGAGAGUCUUAUUAGCCCUCGGCAACUAAAGAUGAUGUUACCAUGGAAACAAAUUGUUCUGCUAUCAAUCACUGGAUGCCUUGCAGCCUGUACAGAGGAUGUCAUAUUUCAAGGGCCAAGAUGGAGGACGGAGCCAAGUGACCUCAUUUUACCGAUCAACUCCCCAGACCAGCAGGCUACCAUCACGUGCGAGGCAGAAGGGAGCCCUCCUCCGCAGUACAGAUGGUCACUAAACGGAACACUCAUUGAUCUGGGGAAUGACUACCGGCGUCACAUGUCUGGGGGCAGCCUGAUCAUUAGCAACCUGGACAAGGACCAAGACACAGGGGUGUACCAGUGCACGGCCUUCAACACGUGGGGGUCCAUCCUCAGCCGCAGAGCCAGCCUGCACUUUGCAUAUCUUGAUAACUUCAAAACUCAUACGGUGAGGAGCGCUGUCAACGUCCGUGAGGGCCAAGGAGUGGUUCUGUUAUGUGGACCACCUGCACAUUCUGGAGAGCUGACAUUUGCAUGGAUCUUCAAUGAAUACCCGUACUUUGUCCAGCAAGACAGUCGUCGAUUCAUCUCCCAGGAGACUGGCAGUCUGUACAUUGCAAAAGUGGAGCCCUCAGAUGUUGGCAACUACACUUGUGUGGUUAACAACACUGUCACAAGGGAGAAGGUGCUCAGCUCUCCCACACCACUGGUCCUCAGAAGCGAUGGAGUAAUGGGUGAAUAUGAACCCAAAAUAGAAGUUCAUUUCCCUGAUUCAGUUCCAGCCGCGAAGGAAUCAGUGGUGAAACUGGAAUGCUUCGCUCUGGGAAACCCCGUCCCAGAUAUAAGCUGGAGGAGAACCAGCGGCAUCCCUUUCCCCAGCAAAGUGAAAAUGAAGAAUUCAAACGCUGUCCUUGAAAUCCCUAAUUUCCAGCAGGAGGACGCGGGGACAUAUGAAUGUAUGGCAGAGAAUCGGCGAGGCAAAAAUGCUGCACGGGGUCGUAUUUCAUUCCACGCUAAACCUCACUGGCUCCAGACAAUGACGGACACAGCUCUGUCCAUCGAGGAAAACCUCUUGUGGGAGUGUAAGGCCAAUGGAAAGCCUAAACCGUCUUACAGCUGGCUGAAGAAUGGGGAGCAAGUGAUGGCUGAGGGCCGGGUACAAAUCGAAAACGGGGCCCUCUCUAUAGCGGCGUUAAACCUGUCAGAUUCUGGGAUGUAUCAGUGUGUGGCUGAAAACAAACAUGGCAUUAUUUAUUCCGGUGCCCAACUAAUGGUGUUAGCUUCAGCUCCCAGUUUCUCCAAAAGUCCAUUAAGGGCCUUGCUAAAAGCUCGCUCAGGCAGCGAAGUCACUCUUGAAUGCAAGCCUCAGGCCUCGCCCCCAGCAAUUAGCCUGUGGAAGAAAGGGAAUGAGAUCCUGCAGAGAACCGAAAGGAUUACUUUGCUUCCCAAUGGGACGUUAAAGAUCGCCAAUGUAACCAGGCGGGAUGCAGCCAGCUACACGUGCAUCGCCAAGAAUCAGUUUGGGACGGCAAGCACAACUGGAAGACUACUCAUCACUGAGCCCACCAGGAUCACCAUGAGGCCUACUAACAUGGAGAUUAUUGUUGGCGAGAGUAUCGUGUUACCCUGCCAGAUUGCCUGCGAUCCAGCUCUGGAUGUUUCUUUCUCGUGGGCAUUCAACGGGCAGCUCAUCGACUUCCAGCGAGACAGCGAUCAUUUCGAAAGAGUGGGCGGGAGUAUAUCAGGAGAUCUGAUGAUUCGUAACAUCCAGCUGAAUCAUGGAGGGAAAUAUGUCUGCGUUAUUGACACUGACGUGGAGAGUCUGUCUACCUCUGCCAUCUUGGUUGUCAAAGGUCCACCAGGUCCUCCGGACAAGGUAGCAGUGGAGGAGAUCACAGACAGCACGGCCCAGCUUUCCUGGACACCUGGAAGGGACAACGGCAGCCCCAUCACUGGCUACAUCAUCCAGGCCCGGACGCCCUUUACUGUGGGCUGGCAGGCUGUUGACACAGUGCCAGAGGUGGUCAACGGUAACAUGCUGACAGCAACGGUGGUGGGUCUGAACGCCUGGGUGGAGUACGAGUUUAGGGUGGUUGCCCGCAACACUGUAGGCCUGGGAGAGCCUAGCCCGGCCUCGGCCAAGACCAGGACAGAGGAUGCCAUUCCUGAUACAGCUCCCACUGAUGUCGGAGGUGGAGGCGGCACAAAGUCUGAAUUAGUGAUAACAUGGGAGCCUGUUCCUGAAGAACUGCAGAACGGAGAGGGCUUUGGCUACAUCAUCGCCUUCAGGCCUGUGGGCACGGUCACAUGGACACGGGCGGUCAUCUCCACACCUGGUGUAGCUCGAUACGUCUUUCGAAAUGACACCAUCCCACCCUUCUCGCCUUUUGACAUAAAAGUGGGGGCAUACAACAACCGAGGGGAGGGGCCCUUCAGCUCCAUUGCCACCGUGUACUCGGCAGAGGAAGUCCCUAGUGUGGCUCCUAAGAGGGUUAGGACUAGAAGUGUGUCUGCAGUGCAAAUUGAAGUGAUCUGGGAAGCUCUCCCUGCCAUCCCUGAAAGAGUGCUUGGAUAUGAGGUCGUGUACUGGGAAGACGACACCAAGCCUGACACUGUUGGCAAAGUGCGCAUAUCUGGAAACUUCACGCUGGUUAACAUCACAGGGCUAAAAGCAAACACAGUCUACUAUCUCUCUGUGGCCGCUUUCAAUACAGCUGGCCCCGGGCCACAGUCGGCACCCAUCAACGCCACCACAAAGAAACCACCUCCAGAUCGGGCUCCGCUCAACAUACAAUGGACCAUGAUUGGCUCCACACUCACACUGCACUGGGAUCCUGUAGUAGCUAUGGAGACAGAGUCAAAGGUUACUGGAUAUUUGGUGCUGCUGAAGAGACAUCGCUAUAACGACAUCAACACUAUCUUGACCAACAAAACCACUGUGGAGCUCAGCCUCUCCGCCAAUGACAACUAUCUUAUUCAGAUCAAGGCCAUGAGUGAAGGUGGUGAAGGUGUGGGCAGUGAACCCAUCCACAUCCAUAAAUUAAGCAUGGGGGCGCGGGGCUCGGGAGCGAUCCGCCUCAGUCCAUUGUACCUCUCUGCAGUCCUCAUCAGCGCGCUGCUCUGCUCCGCCUGGUGAUGUCUAAUCGGAGCCCACGGAGCACCCUCCCUCCCCCUCCAUCCCUUCAGUCAGCCUGGUCACUGGACUGGCACAAGGCCCAGGCUUCAGUGGCAGGACUGGGAAAGACUGGAAAGGACUGGACUCCGCCAAACUCUUAAAGGGACCACGCCACUUUCUUUUGAAUGGCCAUCAGAUAGAGAGACGUGAUAAUUUGCGUGCAUGAUAUCUUUCAAUAUUUUUUCCAGCGUCAUAAGUGCCACCAUGCUCUAGGUUUCAUUUUAGAGGUUAUGAUGUCUACAUGACUUAUCUUCUUAGUAUCUUUGGAGAUACUAAUGCCUUAAAAUCCAUUUUACACAUACAGUCCAUACCAAAGUAGGUGACAGAGGCUGCUUGCUUUAUGGUUUCUUUAACCCUUUAUACAUUCUUUUUGCAAAAAAAAAAAUGCAUUCACAAGAAUUUAUCUUCUCCAGGUCAACCUCUCACAAAUGAUUAACCUAAAUCCAUUGGUUUCAUUCAUAUUUUAUCAUCUUAAAAAUCUUAAACUAGUUCUGCUGACAGAACAUUAGUUAAUAUCUCUGUCACGUUUAUAGCAGCUUUUGCCAAAAUAAAUGUCCAUUGCAGACUUAAAGGAACAUAAUGUAAGAUUUUUGGGGAUUUAGUGGCAUUUAGUGAUGUGGAGCUAAAACUCCUCCUGGUUAGAAUUCUUUUAGUGUUCAUUGUUCAGAAGGUUUUUACCAGGAGCCAAAUGAUCCUCAGAGGUCUCUUACAGUAGAUCAAGUGAAUAACAAUGGUAAAAACACUGAAUGAAGCAGUUUCACAUCGGAAAUCAGUUUCUCAUGCACUGGCAUGUCGCAGACGGGCCCCUCGCCCAGCACCUACCAUUGUGUGCUUACUUAUUUUCUCUGAUAACUUCAUGUUUGCUCACCUUAUAUCUGAUUCAGAUGUGUAGGAGGUUAUUACCAGGAGCCAAAUUGUCCGCAAGGGUCUCCUCCUCUCCAAAUCAAACAAACCCGGUGAUUUAAACCGGUAAAAACACUCAAUAAACCACUUUACAAUUAAAAAAUACAGUAUUUUUCUGAUGCUGCCUGUCGCAGUGGGGCUGCACACUAUGGAGUCUGACAAGAAAAUGAAAAUGGUUUUAUCUAAACCCAGUGUUUGGUUUGUCCAUUCUGGGCUACUGUAGAAACAUGGCAGAACAUGGACAUAUCCGUAGACAAAGACCUUCUCCCUGUGCAGAUAUAAACAGCUCAUUCUAAGGUAACCAAAACACAAUGACUCUUAUUUUCAGGUGAUUAUACACUGAAGAAAACAUACUUACUAUUAUAUUCAAUUUCUGCCAAUAUAUCCCCCUAAAUCCUACAUACUGGACCUUUAAAUAUUCUUCCAGGCUCUGACAGAUAUAUAAAAGAUGCAUAGUAAAUUGAUAAACUGUGCCUCAAACCCACUUAUCUCUACAUACUGAAAUAAUAUUAGGUCUGUUGGACAGCCAUAGUCUCCUGAGCUUAAGGCCCUCUCUACAAUACUCUGAUAGAUCUUGGCAUUUUGCCAUCUCGUGCUCCUCUAAAUAAUAAAUGCCCAUCACACUCUGCAUUCUCAGUCUAGCUAAAAACCCAGGAUUGCAGAAAAUAGAGGCGUGUGGUAUCACUAUGUCAAGCAGAUCCCAUGUGUACCUCUCCGUUUAGAGGACCUGUGUUCUAGAUACGUAUAUCAUAUCACAGAAUAUGUACCAUCUACACCCCAGAUGACCAGCCGCCCUAGUGCACAAUGGACUACAGGAUAACAGUGCCUUCACUAGAGCUCACUCAGAUUUCUUUUCUUUCCUUUUCAGAUAGCUUAGGGGAAAGAUUCAUGUUGCAGAAGAGGCGUUGUUUGCUUUUCUUUCCGAGGAAGUUAGGAAGGACAGGAAACUCAGAAUGUAGAGGGAGCCCAUUAUUGAAAAGGGUAUGUUGAUUAAAUUUUCAUUGAGACAAGUCACCUGAGAGGUUACCUUAGACAAAAAGGGUUGGAAGCUUUAGGAAAGCUGCGAUGGAUUGAGAUAUAUGGCGGAAAUUUUGGUCCCAGUAUUUAUGGUCUGUGGUAUAAUAAAUGUAUGACUCCAUCCGAAGCAUAAUUUAUGGGCUAUUAAGGCAUCAGAAUAAUUGAUGCCAAUACCGCAGUGAAAGAGCCCUGACUGGAAAUGGAGCGAAAGGCAUGGCUGUCAUUUUCCCCCCGCCCCAUCACCAUCUAUUGGACAUAUACCAGACUGAACAGUAACAAAAGAACAUUGCUACUCUGCUGAGGCAGCUACUUUUCACGCCCUUUUAUCAUGUGGAUGAGUCUGUCAGAAGCCACCCAAGAAAGAGCCGAGGUGCGAUUACUGGGGUCCUUACAAUGUUCAUGUGGAUGUGGAAGGAUACAGUCAACUGAACUGCUACACAUUACUGUGCCUUUGCCGAACAUGGGGCUGUGUACGGUCAUUAGCUCGGAGGCUGUCGUCGCUGUCUGUAUUUUGCACUCUCUUCCCCCCACUUCCCCAAAGUCGAAUGAAAGCACAAGGAAUUGAUGCAAGGUGACUGGAUGUCCUCACUUAGCCAUCUGAACAGGUGUGCAGACCCCAGAGGCCUCGUAAAAAGUCCAAACAGCCGACAUAAUCAGGCUGUCCUAUCUGCUCCUUGACUGGUUUCAUAAAGCUCUGUGCUCUUUGAUUAGACUGCUGCAGACCAGUCAAUGGGAUAUUGAUUUUCCUGCCCCAUUAUUACAGCUGUCACAAUUCAGCUGCUUGAUUGACUGAUGGCUGCGUUCUUAAUGCACUCGUUCUGUUGUGUUACAGUCAAUGAGGUUUCAGAAACUCCCUAUCAGACAAUUUCAAAGGCAUUCUUUUUUUUCUGUUGUGUUUUGGUUUGCUUUUACUAGAAAUUUCACUGUAUUUGCUCAAUUUUUCACAGAUUUUACAAGUAUUUUGUAGUGUAGUGUUAGAUUGUGCUUUUGAAUCGGAGCAGUGACCUGAAAUCGAUUGGCUGGUUGAUUUUUUUUUUGAGUUGCGUGUCCAAGUACUACUGUAUCUUUUUAAGAGCCCAGUCACACCAGCAUUUAAAAAUGGUAAAAUUUCAUGGAAUAAUCAGUUCAUUUCAGUGGAAAUGCUGCGAUUUGCAGAUGAAUUUAUGAGGCGAGGAAAUGCUGCCUUCAAAUUGGGUUGUAUUUACUGUGAUAAGGAGAAAAGUCAAUAUGAACGCCCUCCUCUUGUAGUUUAUUCUUAAGGCUCCAGGUUCACAAGUUGUGACAUUUUUGCCGAAGUUUUUAAAAAUGGCGGAGGCCAUGAAAGUUCAUUUAUCAGUAGUAUUUUGUAAUUUUAGUCAUUAGGGUUUUUCGUCAUGUCUGAGGAAAAUGUUGAUAUUUCCAAUGAAAUUUCCAGCGUCCAUGUUGCCGUUGCCUAGCAAUGGUGCUUUCUUGACUUAACCACUUUAAUACCAAGUAUAUCGUGCACAUGGCUUUCUAUAAGCUAUAUAGAUCCAUUUGAAGGCAGCAUAAAUGUGUGUAAAUUUCCACUUUGGUAAACUUUUUUGUGCCGUUAACCAUUAACAAACUGUCUUGACCAACAGGAUAAUACAAAAUGGAGGAAGCUAACAUAGCUUAUUUGCUGUGUUGCUUUAACCACUUUCAUUGAACCCCAUUAAACAGUAGGUUAUAGCCUGCUCCACAAAAGAAGCAAGGUUUUUAGAGAAGUUAUGAGACAGGUUUUGAUGGUUCAAAUAUGUCUAUGGAAUAGGCUAAACUGUGUGAACUUAAAUGUCCUGUUAUCUACCAAACUAAUGAGCUUGCUAACUGGCAUUGAGCAAGCUACUUAGGUUGGAGAAUUUAUUUCUUUUAAGGAUAGAAAACAAAGAACAAAAAGACAGACUAGCACUAGCAUGAUCCCAGCUGUCUAAUACAUUUAGCCGUUAGCUCGACAGCUAUAGUAGUUCACAACACACUAGCCCUGUGAGUGUUCACUAUGUCACCAAGCUUCUAGCAAUGCCCGUUUAACAAAGACGUGCAUAUGAAUAUCGCUGUGCCACUUUCUGGUGUGACCGGGCCUCAAAGCAGCUUGUGUGUGCAAAUACUUGAUCCAAGUGGUGUUAAUAUUUUUUGUUAAUCCAAAUAAGGUAACCUCAUUGCAAAAUGGCAGACUCAUAGGUCAUUAAUUUACAGUGCUUCAAUGUGUGGCAGUUUCUCAGAGCUUUCUUAUUAUUUACAUAGUUGUAAUUCAGCCUAAUGUUUCUUACCUCUGCUCACAGAAGAAAACAAAUCUAUUGUUUCUGGCCUUGUGCUUUAAUAAAUACUACAAAGUACAAUCUAAAGGAAGUGAUCAGAGCCAUCAGCUGAAAUGGUUGAACUGCAUUGAUCAUUCAUAGAACAACAACAUAUCUAUUUAUAUCCACAAGGUCUGUUUGGUUAGAUUGGUUUCUGUGCUGUUGUCGCUAGAAAGGAGUGUACCUGGUGCAGUGUAAAUAGCUUGCAUAUAUUUUUUAAACAUGGCCAUCAAAGACAACCUUACUGCUUUUAUAUAGUGUGUUCCCCGACCUUAAUACUGGUGUAUUAAUCAAUGAUCUCUGUGAGAUGCUGACAUGUAGAAUGGCAUUUUCAUAUUGAAAAGUAACUGUUUUGUCUUGUAUACUAAAAUUGUGCAUGUUAAUCAUUGUUUGUGAAUUUGUGUUGGAUUUUUUUCUAAAACUAUAACUUAA